GAUGUCACUCUGCUCGAAAUGUACAACUACUCGAAAAUAUUGAAAUUAUUAUUAAUAUCUGCUGUUUUUUGUAUUGGUCUGUGUUCUGAAGAUGAAGAAAGAUUGGUGCGAGAUUUGUUUAGGGGCUACAAUAAGCUUAUUAGGCCAGUUCAAAAUAUGACUGAAAAAGUUCAUGUAAGAUUUGGUCUCGCUUUUGUCCAACUUAUCAAUGUGAAUGAAAAAAAUCAGAUUAUGAAAUCGAAUGUGUGGUUGAGAUUUGUGUGGACAGAUUAUCAAUUGCAAUGGGACGAAGCUGAUUACGGUGGUAUUGGAGUAUUGCGUUUACCACCAGAUAAAGUUUGGAAACCUGAUAUUGUAUUAUUUAACAAUGCCGAUGGUAACUACGAAGUACGUUAUAAAAGUAACGUUUUGAUUUAUCCAAACGGUGAAGUACUUUGGGUACCACCAGCAAUAUAUCAGAGCUCAUGCACUAUUGACGUAACAUAUUUUCCAUUUGAUCAACAAACAUGUAUUAUGAAAUUCGGUUCAUGGACAUUUAACGGUGACCAAGUAUCACUGGCUUUGUAUAACGAUAAAAAUUUUGUGGAUUUAUCAGACUACUGGAAAAGUGGCACAUGGGACAUAAUAAGUGUACCGGCAUAUUUAAAUACUUAUCAAGGAGACUUCCCCACGGAAACAGAUAUUACAUUUUACAUAAUAAUACGCCGCAAAACAUUGUUUUACACCGUUAAUUUGAUACUACCAACAGUAUUGAUAUCAUUUUUAUGUGUACUGGUAUUUUAUUUACCAGCAGAAGCCGGCGAAAAAGUAACUCUGGGUAUCAGUAUUUUGCUUUCACUUGUCGUAUUUUUACUUCUCGUCAGUAAAAUAUUGCCACCGACUUCUUUAGUGUUGCCACUGAUUGCUAAAUAUUUACUAUUUACAUUCAUUAUGAAUACCGUCAGUAUACUGGUGACUGUUAUUAUAAUAAAUUGGAAUUUCCGAGGCCCCAGGACCCACAGAAUGCCCCAGAUGAUUCGUAAAAUAUUUUUGAAAUACUUACCGGCAAUAUUAUUGAUGCGUCGACCAAAAAAAACCCGGCUCAGGUGGAUGAUGGAGAUACCAAACGUGACUCUGCCGACGUCAACGUACUCAGGCAGUCCAACGGAACACUUGCCCGGAGGGAUAAGCAAAUCUAAAAUGGAAAUAAUGGAGUUAUCUGAUUUACAUCAUCCAAAUUGUAAAAUAAAUCGCAAAGCGCAUCAUACUGGCACUACAAGUACUGCCGCUUCUGGUGUAACUGGAGCUGCUGCUGGUGCGGGUGCUGGUAAUAAUGAGCCUUUAGGUGACAGACGUGGAUCUGAAAGUUCUGAUUCUGUUUUAUUGAGUCCAGAAGCUACCAAAGCUACUGAAGCUGUUGAAUUUAUUGCUGAACAUCUCAGAAAUGAAGAUCUUUAUAUUCAGACAAGAGAAGAUUGGAAAUACGUUGCAAUGGUAAUUGAUCGUCUUCAAUUAUACAUUUUCUUUAUUGUGACAACAGCUGGUACUAUUGGAAUAUUAAUGGACGCUCCGCACAUCUUUGAAUACGUCGAUCAAGAUCGAAUUAUAGAAAUUUACCGCGGAAAGUAAUUUUUAAUAUUUUAUUUAUUGUUUAUACUAUUUUUAAAUUAAAUAGUAAUAAAAAUUAUUUAUUAUUCACAAAAAAAAUUUAUUAACAA